GAUCCCAUGGAAUUGGAUUCUUCUGAUAACUCCAAUUGGCUCGUUGAUUAUGGCAUAACUGAUUUCCCGCCUCCAGCUGCCGCCUUCACUUGGCACUCUCAAUCCACUCUCAAUGCUCCCUCUAAUGUCAGUACUGCCGUUGAUUGCUCAUUUGCCGAUUCAGAUAGCUUGAAGGAAGUUGUAUCUAGGAAAAGGUUGAAAUCCGAAUCAUGCGGUGGAUUCGGAUCGAAAGCUUGCCGGGAGAAAUUGCGAAGGGAUAGGCUGAAUGAUAGGUUCUUGGAACUGGGUGCCAUUUUGGAGCCAGGAAGGCCGCUCAAAUCAGAUAAGGUUGCUAUUCUGAGUGAUGCUGUGAGAAUGGUGCAUCAAUUACGCUGUGAAGCUCAGAGGUUGAAACAAUCUAAUGAGGAGUUGCAGGCAAAAAUCAGAGAAUUGAAGGUUGAGAAGAACGAGCUUCGUGAGGAGAAGCAGACGCUGAAGGCAGACAAGGAGAAGCUAGCGCAGCAAGUCAUAGCCAUGAGUGCAGCAGGGCCAGGCUUGCCCCCUGCAACAAUAUCUGCUCAAAUGCAAGCCGCCGGGAACAAGUUGAUGCCUUUCAUCGGAUUUCCUAGCGUCGCAAUGUGGAAAUUAAUGCCGCCUGCCGCGGUAGACACGUCACAGGAUCACGUUCUUCGCCCUCCAGUCGCAUGAUUUAAAGGAAGUUGAUGGUUUGCCUCUUGGUUCUUACCACCGAUCUGUUUCUUUAUGAUUGCUUGUUUACUCAUUACUGUCGUUGGCUUUGGUCUUCUUGUUAUCAUGUUGUGUGUGAAAGUGAGCUUGUUGAGUAGCUGGACAAUCUAUCGUCGAAC